CUCACCGCGAGGACGCUUCAUUCCGAGUCGCCGGGUCCGCCCCCCUUCGGUCGCUUCGCUGCAUCAGAAGCCCGCACGUUAACUUUUCUCAUAAACCAGAGGUUUGGCUCCAGUAUCUACUGAUCUACGCCUAGAUCACUCUUCAGGAUGUUUCCCAAAGUACUCAGUGUUCACAACUUAAUAACUACUGAGGAAUUCUCAUCUACAAUUUCAACAACUGCCACGAUCACAGUUCCUACCAAUACCACUACUACAACCACUAGUGGCUUUCAUCUGAAUGUACACCCAUGGAUUAAUUUCAAUGUUCAUUCGAUUGCUGCUACAACAUCUGUGCCUUCAAUAGUAACUCCUGUGGCAACAUAUGUUCAUCUGGAUGAUAUAACCAGGAAUGUGAAGCUUGAGCUACUGGAUGAAGACAAGAAAUUUCUCCAACUGGCCACCCAAAUCAGUAAUUGGGACCGUAAACUGGAUGCAAAUAUUGAGGAGCUUACUGCUUUACAUGGAAGAAUGGAAAAAGUGAAAAUGCAUCAAAGAAGAUUGAAACUUGAACUGAGCUGUCUGAUGCUAGAGCAGAAAGAACUACAAGAAAGGCUGAACCCUAUUGAGACCUACAUAAAACAGGAGAAUGAGUACCUUGAUGUGGAAAAUGAUGAUGAGGAAUCUUAGAAGAUGAAUGAUGAAUAUGAAGGUAGAAGAGUUACCAGCAAAAACGUGAUAAGAAGAUUGCAUUUGAUUGAGCUAGCGUGUUCAAUCUGGAGUGUUCAUUGCCUAUAGGUCAUGUUGAUAUUAAGUACAGUAGUGUUUACAGUUAUUACUUAAUCUUUGGUUGCAAUAAGCUGUAUGUGUGUAUGUGUUUUUUCAUUCAGAUACUGUGCUGUUUAGAAUUAUUCUCAUUUCUGUUGCUUCUGAAAUUAUGUAAUAACCAUUUGAAGCUCUUUGCCCAUGUAAUAGUGAGUUACAUGUGGAUUCUCUGUGUGUAGUGUAUAACCUACCAUUCUGUGCCCCACAUACUACCAACAGAAUGUGUUUUCCACCCUUCCCAUGUGAAUUAUGAUGACAUGCCUGCCAAAAAUAACGUGUCAGCCAGUUUUUAAAGUAUUAAUUGCUAGAUAUUGUAAAUCUUUGUGGUGAAUGGCAUGUACUAUCCACCUCUCGACAUCUAACUGCUUUCUAUCUGCAUGAAAACAGUAUGGACAACUCAAAGAAGUGCAUUAUGACUUACAAAAAUGUAGAAAUCCUGAGAAGAAAGCAAUAAGGUGGUUGUGGGAUUUGAAUUAUGAUUUUCCGUGUUUUGGUUUUUGUUAAUGGUACUAAGGAUGAAAGCCAGGACUACACAUGUGCACUAUCAACACUGGACAACUAGACUAUACCUCAGUCCUGAAUUAAGUGAUUUUAAAUAGAUAAGAUUCAGGCAAUUUUUUUUAUUAAAUUGAUAUCCUCAUGUUUUGUUGUUAGCAUAUGAUUUAUU